GCACACGUGGCUCGUUGAAGGAGGAAAGUUGACGUCAACAUGUGGAUGAGGCUGGUGCUGCUGGUCGCGUCGGCGUGCGCGGCGUCGCUCGUCGUGAAGCGCGUGUUGAGAAAAGGCGGCGGGAAGAAGGGAAGGCCGAGCGGAGGAGGACGAGACGGAGGAGGAGGAGGUUGGCGGCUAUGGUCAGUCAUCCAUGAUGAUGAUGAUGAUGAUCAUGAUGAUGAUGAUGAUGAGGAAGAGGAGGAGGAGGAGGAGGAUAAAGAUCAUGAUGACGUGGCAGGUGGUGAUGAUGAGGUGGAAGGUGGUGAUGAUGACGUGGCAGGUGGUGAUGAUGACGUGGAAAAUGGUGGUGAUGAUGACGUGGAAAUUGGUGGUGAUGAUGACGUGGAAGGUGGUGAUGUGGGAUGGCGAUCAAGUUCAGGAAACUCAGCACCAUUUCUGCACAUCUCCGCAAAAGCGUCCACAUUCAGGCGGAAAAAGAAUGUCAAAGUCAGACGGAAGCGUGCACAAGAGAGUGAUGGCGAAGGCGUCACAAGGAAAGGCAGAAAGUCAAGCCGAAGUAGCGAUGGAAGACAGUCUGGAAAAAUUGCGAGGAAGAGGUCAGUGCGAGCGGCUACGGCUUCCGGCAAUGAUGGUGCUGAUACAAAGGAUGUUGGCGACAAGAGAGAUCGGGGAGAGACCAGCUUGAGUGAGUCGGAACCAACCUGGGUCGUCAAGGUGGGCGACGUCGACGUCGAGCACAAGUCGGCCAUGGAGGUGGCUGUUGGUGGUGGCGGCCCUGUGUUGUCUGCUGAGGAGCGGGAUGCGGUAGUGCUGGCUGUGACGGCUGUCGUUCUCUGCCCGCAGAUCAGCAAAGCAUCGCCGGCGCGCCACCCCUUCUCCCUCCGCAAGGCUUCCUUUUAAAAAGAGCUUAUUUCACCGCAGCGGCCAUGAUUAUUAUAGGUGUGCGAAAUGGAAUCAAGAUAUUGUGGAAUU